CAUCACUCCCUCUUUCUCGCUCGCUCCUUUCUCCGAUCGCAGCUGUUCCUCUCACGUUGUCAUUGCUUCUCAUCGCCGACUAGAUCCGUUUCUUUCUCCGACUCUAGGUUGUCGAUAAGCAUGGAAGAAGAAGACGACGAAAAGAAAUUCUCCGACGAUGUUACUGAUAAGCCUGAGAGAAGAAUAGAUGCAUUUGAUAUAGGGAACCCUAGUUUUCUUGCGGCUGAAAACGCUCAGGUAGGGUCAUUGGAUGAUGAAGAUCAUUUACAAGCGAUUAGUUCAGUUGAUGAAGUCCUCAAAGACGACCAUUUCGAACAAGUUUCUCUAAAAGAAGAAACGCCUUUUUCAUCAGAAUCACCCAAACCAAAGGCUACAAUGCAAAACGUUUCCCCAGAGCUAUUGCAUCUAGUUGAUUCGGUCAUCAUGGGAAAGCCUGAAAGCCUACACAAACUGAAGAAUCUUGUCAACGGUGUUGAGAAGUUUGAGCCUGGAGAGGAUCCAGAGACGACUGCUUUCCUCGUCAUUGACUCUCUUCUCGCUACCAUGGGUGGUGUUGAGAGCUUUGAAGAGGAUGAAGAUAGCAACCCACCUAGCGUCAUGCUGAACUCUCGUGCUGCCAUUGUAUCUGGCGAGCUUAUCCCUAGCUUACCUUGUGAUAACGACAGCGUUAGCUUCAUGUCCCCAAGAACACGCAUGGUAAGAGGAUUGCUUGCGAUUCUACGUUCUUGCACGAGGAACAGAGCCAUGUGUUCAAUGGCGGGGCUGCUAUGCGUUCUCUUGAGAUCACUCGAGGAGAUAGUUUCAAAGGACGGUGACAUGAAGUGGAACGCAUCACCUUUGUUUCAAUGUAUUCAACACUUAGCUGGACACUCACUUAACGUGGAAGAUCUACAUAGAUGGCUUCAGAUUCUUAAAAAAUCUCUUCCAACAGUAUGGUCAAGCCCCUUGAUGAGCGCUUUGGAGAAGGCCAUUAACGGGAAGGAAUCAAGAGGACCUGCGUGUAGUUUUGAGUUCAUUGGUGAAAGCUCAGGGCUACUUGGUCCAGGGGAAACUCGUUGGCCUUUCACUAAUGGUUAUGCAUUUGCGACUUGGAUUUACAUUGAAUCAUUUGCUGACACGUUAAACGCUUCAACCGCUGCUGCUGCGAUUGCUGCUGCGAUUGCUGCUGCGUCUGCGGCUAAGUCAGGAAACACGUCUGCUGCUAAUGUACAUGAUGGUGAAGAAACUGGUCACAUGCCACGUCUCUUCAGCUUCUUGACUCCUGAUAAUAACCAAGGAAUCGAAGUUUAUUUCUAUGCACAGUUUUUAGUAGUUGAGAGUAGUAAUGGUAAAGGAAGUAAAACUUCACUGCAUUUCACCCAUGCCUUUAAGCCUCAGUGUUGGUACUUCAUCGGCGUUGAACAUACAUGCAACCAAGGACUCUUAGGUAACUCAGAGAGUGAGCUGCGUCUCUAUAUCGACGGUUCCUUGUAUGAGACUCUCCCCUUUGAGUUCCCUCGUGUAUCCAAACCGCUUUCUUCUUGUUGCAUCGGUUCAAAUCCUCCUCCUCCUCUUCCUACAACUCCUGGUAAACAUCAGCGUCGUCGUCGCCAGUGUGCUUUGUUUGCGGAGAUGGGACCAGUGUAUAUCUUUAAAGAACCCAUUGGUCCUGAAAGAAUGAUAAGAUUGGCUUCUAGAGGUGGUGAUGUUUUGCCUUGUUUUGGCAAUGGGGCAGGUCUUCCUUGGUUAGCUACAAGUGACCAUUUCCGUAUCGCGGCAGAGGAAAGCUGUCUUUUGGACACAGAGCUCGGAGGACACAUUCAUCUACUUUAUCACCCGUGUCUACUUAAUGGACGGUUUUGUCCAGAUGCUUCUCUUUCUGGAGCUACAGGUACUUUAAGACGACCAGCGGAAGUGAUUGGACAAGUCCAUGUUGCAACAAGAACGAAGGCAGUGGAGUCUUUCUGGGCCUUAGCUUAUGGAGGACCCAUGUCUUUGCUUCCUCUAACCGUUAGCAAUGUGGUUAAAGAUAGCUUGGAACCAUCUUCUAGAGAUAUCCCACUGUCUUUGACAACAUACUCUCUUGCUGCACCUAUCUUUAGAAUCAUCUCUGUUGCUAUCCAACACCCUGGGAACAAUCAAGAGCUCUCUCGAACUAGAGGCCCUGAGAUUCUAUCCACCAUCCUUGGUUACCUUCUUCACUCACUUGCAUCCCUUAGAGUAGAAGAUGAGGAGCUAGUUGCUGCCAUUGUUUCUGUUUGUCAAUCUCAAAAGAUCAACCAUGCACUCAAAGUGCAGCUCUUCCGGACACUACUACUGGAUCUGAAGAUAUGGAGUGUUUGCAACUACAGACUUCAGAAGAAGCUCUUGUCAUCCCUGCAAGAUAUGGUGUUCACUGAAGCUACAGCUAUGAGGAAUUCUGAUGCUAUUCAGAUACUUUUAGAUGGGUGUAGGAGAUGUUACUGGACUAUUCAAGAGAAAGACUCUGUGAACUCUUUUUCUCUAGAGGGAGAUGUGCGCCACAUGGGAGAAGUUAAUGCUUUGGUUGAUGAACUUUUGGUGAUCAUUGAGCUUUUAAUGGGAUCAGCUUCUCCUUCUUUUGCUUCUGAUGAUGUCCACAUAUUACUUGGCUUUAUAGUUGAUAGUCCACAGCCAAAUCAGGUUGCAAGAGUGUUGACUCUCAUGUUUAGGUUGGUUGUACAGCCAAAUGCUGCAAAGGCUCAGACGUUUGCAGAGGCAUUUAUCACAUCUGGUGGGAUAGAAACACUUCUUGUGUUGUUGCAGAGAGAAGCUAAAACUGGUGAUGACAACAUUGCAGAACCUGUGGCUAAGGAUGAAACAAGCGUGCAGACUGAUCAUAGUGAACAUGAUCGGCACAAUGAGCCUAGUUUGUUGGAUUCAGUUCAACAAGAUGAAGUGCAUGGAUCUGGAAGUGAUUCAGUUACCAUCUCAGAUACCAUGAAUGUUCCAGACAGAACAUCCUCUGUUUCUGAAACUCUGUUCAGUAACAACACAAGGAACAAUGCAAGAAGCAAUGUUGACGAUAGUGAUCGCGUCGUGGUUGGGAUCAUAAGACUGAUAGGUGCCUUGAUUUCACAGGGGCACUUGAAACUUUCUCUUGGUGCUGAAUCUGAUGUCAUGAGUAACCUCAUGGGUAGUGGGAAUGGAACAAUGUUUGAUGAUAAAGUCUCAUUGCUUCUGUUUUCUCUGUUGAAAGCAUUUCAAGCAGCUCCAAACAGGUUGAUGACUGACAAGGCCUAUAAAUCUUUGCUUGGGGCUUCGAUUAAAGCUGCAUCAACUGAGGAUGGCCUGAAGUUUUAUGAUUCGGUUCAUCGCUUUGAACACCCUCAGCUUCUGUUAAUCCUCCUGCGUUCACUACCCUAUGCAUCUAAGGCUCUACAAAACCGAGCACUUCAGGAUAUUCUGUUUUUGGCUUCCACUCAUCCGGAAAAUAGGGGCAGUCUGACAAAAAUGGAAGAGUGGCCUGAGUGGAUCUUGGAGAUUCUGAUCUCAAACUACGAGAAGGAUGCAGGGAAACAGUCUGCUUCUCCCGACACUGCUGAAGUGGAAGAUCUUAUUCAUAGCUUCUUGAUCAUAAUGUUGCAAUAUUCAAUGCGCCAGAAGGAUGGCUGGAAGGAUAUCGAGGCUACAAUUCAUUGUGCAGAAUGGCUCUCUAUUGUUGGUGGGUCUAGCACUGGAGAGAAACGAAUAAGGCGUGAGGAAUCACUACCAAUUUUCAAAAGAAGGCUUCUAGGUGGAUUAUUAGACUUUGCCACCAGAGAACUACAAGCUCAGACUCAAGUUAUUGCUGCAGCAUCAGCUGGUUUCGCGGCAGAGAGUGUAUCACCAAAAGAUGCAAAGGCUGGAGUAGACAAUGCUGCUCAGCUUUCAGUGAAUCUUGUGGAAAAUACAAUUGUGAUUUUGAUGCUUGUUGAAGACCAUUUGAGACUACAAAGCAAGCAAAACUGUGCCGCUAAUGCAGUUGAUGUCUCUCCAUCUCCUCUUUCUCUUGUUUAUCCUCUUAACAACCGUUCACAAACAUUGACAACGGUAGUAGAAUCCUCAGAGGUUUCUAGUAGCCGUGCUUCAGUGUCCAGUGAUUCAGGAGGGGUUCAUUUAGAUAUACUUGCUUCAAUGGCCGAUCCAAGUGGCCAGAUUUCUACAGCAGUAAUGGAGCGUCUUGCUGCAGCAGCAGCAGCUGAGCCCUAUGAAUCUGUUUCUUGCGCUUUUGUUUCAUAUGGAAGCUGUACAAUGGACUUAGCUGACAGUUGGAAGUAUAGGAGUAGAUUAUGGUAUGGUGUUGGGCUCCCUCCAAAGACAACUUGUUUUGGCGGUGGUGGAAGUGGUUGGGACUCUUGGAGAUCUACUUUACAAAAAGAUGCUAAUGGAAACUGGAUAGAACUUCCACUGGUUAAAAAAUCAGUAUCAAUGCUUCAAGCUUUGCUGCAAGAUGAGUCUGGACUUGGAGGUGGACUAGGAAUUGGUGGAGGAUCUGGUACUGGGAUGGGAGGGAUGGCAGCUCUUUACCAGUUGCUGGAUAGUGAUCAGCCUUUCUUAUGCAUGCUUAGGAUGGUGCUCUUGUCUUUGAGGGAAGAAGACCAUGGUGAAGAUAGUCUGUUGAUGAAAAAUCUAAGUUCUGAAGAUAGUUCUUCUGAUCCUGUUCCAUUAAACAUCAGUUCUCAGAUCUCACCAUCAGCUUUAUUGUGGAGUGUGCUCUCUCCGGUUCUAAACAUGCCAAUAUCUGAUUCAAAGAGGCAGAGAGUAUUGGUUACUACAUGUGUUCUAUAUUCUGAGGUAUGGCUUGCUGUCAGUAGAGACAAAAGGCCACUAAGAAAGCAGUAUCUAGAAGCUAUUUUACCACCAUUUGUUGCAAUUCUCCGGAGGUGGCGACCUCUUCUUGCUGGCAUUCAGGAACUCGCCACUGGUGAUGGUGUGAAUCCCCUUGUUGUUGAUGAUCAUGCUUUGGCUGCUGAUGCACUCCCCAUUGAGGCUGCUAUCUCAAUGAUAUCUCCGGAGUGGGCAGCCGCUUUUGCAUCGCCUCCUUCUGCAAUGGCACUGGCCAUGGUAGCCGCAGGAGCUGCUGGUUGGGAAGCGCCUACACCUCCAGCGCCUCCAGCACCACCAGCUCUUAGGCGAGACAUUUCGUUGCUUGAGCGUAAGACUACAAAACUUCAAACCUUCUCCAGCUUCCAGAAGCCCUUGCAGGCUCCAAAAGAUGACACACCAGGUAAGCCAAGAGAUAAAGCUGCUGCAAAAGCGGCUGCUCUGGCUGCUGCAAGAGAUCUAGAACGUAAUGCCAAGAUUGGUUCUGGGAGAGGCUUAAGCGCUGUUGCUAUGGCUACAUCCUCGCAGAGGAGAACUAUAAGCGAUAUGGAGCGUUUAGAGAGAUGGAAUGUCUCUGAAGCCAUGGGAGUAGCGUGGAUGGAAUGUCUUCAGCCCAUGGAUACAAAAUCAGUUUAUGGGAAAGACUUUAAUGCCUUGUCUUACAAGUUUAUUGCUGUGCUUGUUGCAAGCUUUGCCUUAGCACGGAACAUGCAGAGAUCUGAGAUUGACAGGCGUAUACGAGAUGAUAGUAUAGUAAGAAAUCGUUUAUGCAUGGGAGUUCGUGGUUGGAGAAAACUUGUUCGUUACUUGGUGGAGAUGAGAUGUUUCUUUGGAUCAUUUGGAGACCAUUUAUGCAGUCCCAAACAGGUGUUCUGGAAACUGGAUUCUAUGGAGAGUUCUUCCAGGAUGAGACAGUGUUUGAGGAGGAAUUAUUGUGGUACUGAUCAUCUUGAGACAGAAAAAAACUAUAGUGAUCAGACAGACAACUUGAGUUCUCCAUCAAGUGCACAGCUUCUUGCUGACGAAGCAAUAUCAAAGAAGAUAAUAGUGUAUGAAGAGGAUGAUAAACAUGGAGAUGAAGAUGAUAUUGAAAUAGAGGAAGAUGUUGGAGAACACAAAGAGAGGAUGUCUGGUUCACUUGAGGAUGAAAUACAGCUGUCAACUGGAAUCAGUGAUCCUAGACCAUUGAGUGACCAGGAUGUGGUUCAGGAUUCUAAAGAAGUAGUUCUCAAGGAACUUGAUGAAAGGAUUGUUCUUGAAGUUUCCUCUUCUAUGGUCCGACCACUAAGGGUUGUGAAAGGAACCUUUCAGAUUACAACAAGGAGAAUAAACUUUCUUGUUGACAUAAGUGAAAGCUCAGAAUCAAGAAACCAAGAAAGAGAUCGUAGUUGGCUAAUGUCUUCUCUUCAUCAGAUUUAUAGCAGAAGAUAUCAAAUGAGAAAGAGUGCUCUGGAAAUAUUCAUGGUCGACCGCUCCAACUUCUUAUUUGAUUUUGGGAACACCGAGGGACGAAGAGAGGCGUAUAAGACUAUUGUUCAAGCAAGGCCUCCUCAUUUAAACAAUAUAUACUUGACCACUCAGAGACCAGAACAGCUUUUGAGAAGAACACAGUUAAUGGAACGGUGGGCUAGAUGGGAGAUCAGCAACUUUGAGUACUUAAUGCAGCUCAACACAUUAGCUGGGCGUAGUUAUAAUGACAUUACUCAGUAUCCUGUCUUCCCAUGGGUUCUGUCUGACUAUGUAUCAGAAGUUUUGGACCUUACAAACCAAUCUAGCUACAGAGAUCUUUCCAAGCCAAUUGGUGCAUUGAACCCAGAGCGGCUGAAGAAGUUUCAAGAACAAUAUUCUAACUUUGAAGAUCCAGUCAUCCCCAAGUUCCAUUAUGAUUCACAUUACUCAAAUGCUGGAGCAGUUUUGUAUUAUCUAGCAAGAGUGGAACCUUUUACAACCCUUUCAGUUCAACUAAAAGGGGCAGACCGAACGUUUUCAGACAUUUCAGCCACUUGGAAAGGAGUUCUACAUGAUAUGAGUAAUUUGAAGGAGCUGGUUCCAGAGUUGUUUUACCUUCCUGAGGUAUUGGCCAACGAGAACUUGCUUAACUUUGGUACAACACAGUUGGGAGAUAAGCUUGAUUCUGUAAAACUUCCUCCUUGGGCUAAAACCCCUAUAGACUUUGUACACAAGCAACGAAUGGCUCUUGAGAGUGAACAUGUCUCUGCACAUUUGCAUGAAUGGAUUGAUCUCAUUUUCGGGUAUAAGCAACGUGGCAAAGAAGCUAUACAGGCGAAUAAUGUUUUCUUCUACACUACAUACGAGGGGACAGUUGAUAUUGAUAAAAUCCCAGAUCCUGUACAACAACGAGCUACUCAGGAUAAGAUCGCUUCUUUUGGACAAACACCAUCUCAGCUAUUGACUGUGCCACACAUAAAAAAAAUGCCUCUGAAAGAUGUCCUUCACAUGCAGACCAUCUUUAGGAACCCAAAAGAGAUAAAACCAUAUCCUGUUCCAACUCCAGAACACUGCAACUUACCUGCUUCGGCCAUCAAAGCCACUUCGGAUAGUGUUGUGAUCGUUGACAUGAACGUGCCUGCAGCACAUAUUGCACAUCACAAGUGGCAACCAAACACUCCUGAUGGCCACAACGCUCCUUUCAUCUUUCAUCAUGGUAAAGCUGGAGGGGCACUAACACGCAUGUUCAAGGGUGAUUCAGAGUAUCCACAAGCACAAGCAUUUGCCUCAUUAGGAGUCACAAGUUCAUCAGUCACUGCUAUUACAAGCGAUGGAGAGAUUAUCACUGGUGGACAUGUGGAUAACAGCAUCAAGCUAGUUUCAUCAGAUGGAGCAAAAACACUAGAAACAGCUUUUGGUCACUGUGGUCCUGUAACAUGCUUAGCUUUGUCUACAGACAGCAACUUCCUUGUGACAGGUUCACGAGACACAACUCUGUUGCUGUGGAAACUUCACAAGGGAGCCAGUUCUCAAACAAAUGAGUCAGAACAGAACAAAAACUCUGAGACAAUACCUUCCUCCACAAGCAACACCAAAAAGCGUCGCAUUGAAGGGCCAAUACAAGUGCUCCAUGGCCACCUAAGAGAGAUAACAUGUUGCUGUGUAAGCUCAGAACAAGGGAUAGUUGUAUCAUCCUCUGAGUCACCUGAUGUGCUAGUGCACUCUAUAAGAAACGGUCGGCUAAUAAGACGGCUUUUUGGCGUCAAGGCACACGCUCUCUGUGUUUCUUCUGACGGCGUUAUAGUUGUCUGGAGUAGAUCUGAAAACUCUAUCACCACCUUCACCAUUAACGGAGCUCUCAUUUCCAAAGCAAGACUUCCUUCCUCAUGUAGUAUAAGCUGCAUGGAAUUAUCCAUGGACGGUCAAAGUGCUGUAAUUAGUGUGAACUCAUUCUCAGACACUGUUGAAGAAGAUUCAUCAAAUGGAGCCAAUGAAAUUGACAUCCCAUCUCCUUCAGUUUGCUUCCUCAACUUAUACACUCUCAAGGCAUUCCAUGAGAUGAAGCUUGGUGAAGGACAGGAUGUAACAGCUAUGGCUCUGAACACAGACAACACUAACCUCUUAGUUUCAACUGAAGAUAAACAGUUGAUAAUCUUCACCAAUCCUGCUCUAAGCUCGAAGGUGGUGGAUCAGAAGCUGAAACUUGGCUCUGAAUGAAAAUGCAACCGACCCUUUUUCAUAAGAUUCUGUUUGUUGUUUGUGAUGAAAUGAAUAAAUUUAGUUGAGAA